GUCGUACGGGAGCCCCGCUACGGAGCGGACGUCUACGCCGUAGUCUUCUCUACGAGACCUUGACACGAUUGUCACACCCUUGAUCUACGAAAUUUCGAAACGUAUACAUUAGCAUUCCCGCGUGUAUUCAAUUCCGCUGAACGUAGACAGCGGGGAAUAAAAAACUGAUUAAGACGCGCUGUGUUUGUUCAGUGUUAGUGUCUAUUUGCUGUGCACGUGGCGCGUCACAGAUAUACUAACGGGAAUUCUAGUGAAAUGCUUUGAAGAUCGAAUCAAAAUGACUUUAGGAGUGCUUAUACUCCUACUCCUGCAGUUGGGACUGUCGAAUGCGGGAAAAUGCAAUACGGGUUUCUCAGUGGUAGCUCCAGAGGUGGCCGUACCUGGGAAGACCACAGCCGUCCUAGUGACUCUUCAUGGCCGAGCUGGUGAUGAUACUCUGGAUCCUCUGAACGUCACCGUUAGAUUGGAGACUCAAGAUGCUGACAAUGAUGUUAAAUUACUUACCACGGCCAGUCAAAUGAUUGAUGGCUACGGAAUAAUUCCGCUCAAGAUCCCCUCGUCGCCAGCUACACACUGCACCCUUCACACCACGGUUGGAUGCGUUGGGAACGACGAAUGUACAGCGAAGAGUCACAGCGUUAUAAGAUUGUUAGGGCCGGUCAGAGAUGUAAUAGUGAGGCCCGCUCGCCAUCACUACCGACCCGGAGAGAUGAUUACAUUCUGGAUACUUGCUCUCGAUCAUGACCUUCGUCUGGUACGCGAGGAGCUGGCGCAUGUAGCCCUUAGUGAUCCUGCUGGCACUAAAGUGGCUAUUUGGGAGGAACUGUCUAUGGAUGAAGGUGUUCAGAAACUCAGCGCCAUUUUAGCACUGGGUGCGCGUUCUGGGACAUGGCGCAUCGAAGCUCGUUGCGGAGGGGGUUCAGCUCGAGUAGACCUUACCGUUGGCUCCGGAGCCUCAGGGUCUACUGCAGCUGCUCCAGCUGGUGAACAGCAUUACGUUGAGCUGAGGUUUGCUGAUAGCAUGAGGAGGAGAUACAAGCCUGGACUACCUUUUGUUGGAAGGGUUGAAGCUAUGAGUACCGAGAAACGGGUCCGAGUUCGAGUGAAGCUCUACGAUGACGAGACUGACAUCUACAGUCAAGAUAUUGACAUGUCUACAGGGGAAGGAGGCUUCAUAGUACCAACCGUCAUGGCGGAUGCGCCGUAUGUUAAUUUGCAGGCUGAAUUGGUUGCUGUUGAAGGCAAAGAGAUUGAAACACACUACGUGCUGGCUCGAGAGAGAAUCAAGAGAUGGAAUUCCACAUCGAAAUGCUACCUUCUCGUCGAGAAUUUACCGACACCGUUACAGGCCGGAAACAUAGCAAGUGCCAGUGUAUGGUCCUCAUGUGGGUGCCGUCAACGACUCUUGGCGGCAGUGACGAGUGGAGGUCGCGCCCUCCACUGGGCGGCUGUUCCCGCACCCCCAGCCAAUGACUCCGAUCUGUGCCGCUUCAAUUAUACUUUCCCGGUAACAGCAGACAUGGCGCCGAUGAGUUCUCUCCUCGUUUAUUACGUCACCGAGGCUGGUGAACCAGUCAGCGACGUGGCCAGUUUCCAUGUCCGCCUCCUUCACAAGGAAGUGGCAGUGGCAGUCGAAGAAAGAAGAUGGUGGUAUCCCAGAGCUGUAUUACAACUUCGAGUUCUAGCUCCCCCAGAUUCAACAAUGUGCCUGAUCGGUGCUCGGACUCCUCCCGAUACACGAUUUGAUCCUCAUCAAACGAGCACCGACCACGAAGAUCAACCGGGCCCGGAAUUCGUGUCGGCUGGGGUUUCUCUGUUCGUUGGUGGUGGGACCUGCGGAGGAGGAGUUCUGUACAGACAGAGAACCGCACCAGCUCCGUGUGCGCCAGCUCAAUUGGUACCUCCCGCAAGUCACGACAGGCUCUGGAUGUGGAAGUGCUUCAAUUAUACCUCUCAAUUGUCUACUGAUGGAGUAACCAUCUCAGCACCCUCGGAAGCAGGCCGCUGGUCUCUCUGGGCUCUGUCACUCUCCAACCGCGGUCUUCGCUUCUCCACUCCGAAGACCAUCAACGUGUUCAGGCCUAUCCAGCUGGACUUCUCUUUACCUCCUGCGUUAAAAGUCGGAGAGACCGUAGAAAUCGAUGUGAAGAUAACCAACAACAUUAAUAAUUGCAUGGACGUAACUGCUUUACUAGCGUUAAGUGCUGGGGCAGCGUUCGCAAGCACUGGAGCCCUUUAUGUUACGGAGAGAUUGAGGUUAGGUCCACGUGGUGGAACCCAGCUGGUCGUAAGAGUCGCAGUCAACACUCCCGGAAGAAAAAACAUUACAGUUGAGGUUACGGGCUACAGCGCCGACAACUGCUCCGUGUCCUAUACAUCAUUCAACAAUGAAACUUUGGUUGGUUCCGUGAUCCGAUCCGCCAGUGUUUUGGUACUUCCCGAGGGCCUUCACCGUAGCGAUACACAGAGUGCCUACUUUUGUGCUAACGAGCACUUAGCUGUUUCAUCCAGGGGGUCCUGGGAGUGGCAGUGGGUGGCUGCCCCGAGGAAUAGAGCGGGUCUCGUACUGGAACUCAGAGCUCAGGGUGCCGCCCAUGUUGCCCUAUCGGCCAUCAGAGAACCUUCCGAUGACAUGUAUCGAGUUGUGUUCGAAAGAAGUCGUGUGUGGAUAGCUAAAGGCCGACACGGAUACGAUGUCCACCUAGCGAGCGCAGAACAAACUGAAAGCGAUGAAGAGUGUGGCAGUUCGGGCUGGUGCGCGUGGUGGGUGUGGUGGGAAGGAGGAAGUGUAUCGGUGGGGCGCGGUGCAUCACCCUCGCAGAGAAGACUUCUCGUGUGGCCAUUGGCGUCAGAUAUGAGGAUCAAAUACGUCGGUUUCAGUGCACUGUGGGGAGACAAAGCGGAUUUCAGAAUUUGGAACUUCAAUGAAGAAGCCGGCUUCUCGCAAGUUCUAGAGCUCGGCUUACCUCGAGGCGUAGUUCCUGGUUCAGCAAGCGGAACUCUUCUAGUCUCGGGAGGUCUUCAUCUGCCUCUGUACAGUCUUCAGACAGAUUCCACUGAUCAAUGGGCAGAUGUAUGGAGAGAUUCGCAACUUUCGGCAGCCUCGGCUAGCUUAGCACCGUUGUUAGCUUUGGAGCACAUACCUCACUUAGUCGAGGAUUCCGAAAGAGAAAAGAUAUUGAAGAAGUUGCCGGAACAAGUCCAGGUCCUACUAUCGUUCCGUAAAAGCGACAACUCGUUCAGUGACCAUCCCGCAAUGAGUAGUCAUCUGUCGACAAUAAAAAUAUUAGAGAUACUCACCAAAAUACAAUCAUACUACCCGGUGGACCCCGAACUUCUUCAAAACAUCAAGAAAUGGAUUCAGAAUCGACAAAAUCCAGACGGUUCGUUCACGCCCAUGGUAGCUGACAAGGAAGUGGACUAUUACCCAGUUGAGAUGAAAAAAGUUAAUGGAACUGAACAAGAAAUUGAUGUUAACGAGUAUUACUAUUAUGAUAGAGAUGGGAAUAUGACUCAAGACGAAAUCGAAUGGGAAAGAAGAGUCGAAGUGACUGCUGAAACGCUGGCUACUCUGCUAGAAGUUGGAGUUGAAAAUCAGAGGGACGCAAACGUUGCUCAAAAAGCUGAAAAAUAUUUAGAGAAGAAUUUGCGUAACUUGACUUCACCAGCCGCAUUAGCUGCCACAGUUUUAGCGUUGGUACUUGCAAGGAGUCCCGUGGUUCCAGACGCGUUGCUGAUACUUAGGAACGCUUCGACAACGGAAGAGGGCGAAUUCGGUUGGCCGGCUCCUAGAAAAGAUGCCGCAGACUGGCUGUUGGAAGAAACAUCUAGAAAUAUUAAGACCACUUCUUAUGAGGCGGUGACAAUGGAGCAAUACGUGGCUGGUGUUCGGGUGCUUCUUGCUGCUUGUGCGAGAGGAGCACUAGCGGAAGGAGAAGCCGCUGCCAGGUUCCUUUACUACCGCGCUUCCACACUACAGCGACACCCGAGUCUGGCUUAUGUCGCUACAAAAGCUGCGGCUCAGUACGCUGCCUUGGCUCAUGAUAGACAUCGAGCCUUGACAGUGUCUUUAGCGACUGCCGGUAUGGAACUGACAGACACGUUGGAGCUUCGAGCUCGCACUCCGCCGCGUCCUUUGCAGCUGCCAGGUCUCCCUACGAAGGUCUUCGUCUACGCUACAGGAGCUGGUUGCGCAACUGUCCAGGGAACCAUAGCGUAUUCGACGUACACGCCCAAACCUGAAAACGCGUUGCUCAACAUACAAGCCGCAAUCAUUGAAGAGAUACGCCCAGAGAGAAGCACCAUCGAAGAUCUUCAAGGAAAACUGCCCACUUUAAUUAUCAAGACUUGUUUCAAGUGGAAAGGUAAAGAGAGAUCCGGAAUAAUACGCCUUGAAUCAUCUUUAUUCUCUGGCUACGAACUGCACACGGUAAACCCGGUCGUAUUGGAUGGAGCUACGUUUGCGGAUUUGCACUAUGGAUCCAGAGGCGAAUCUGUUUGGUUCGUUUUCGCUAAUAUAAGUUCCACGUGCCCUGUGUGCGUCACAUACGAAGCCAGAUCCAAAUUCGUGAUCACCAGUCUACGGCCCGCAUUUGCCAAAAUCUAUCCAUCUACAAGACCCGAUCUAGCAGUCGAAACCUUCUUCCACGCUCGUCCAGGAAGCCCGCUGUUGAGGGGAAUAACCGACGACGACUUCAUAACUUGGUUCGAUAAAACUGAAUUGGCUAGUUUAAAAACGAACUCCAACAUCGAUAAUAUUUGUGAGUGUGGACGAAUUUGUAGUAGAGAUUACGAAUUUAAAAAGCAUUUCGAACCGGAAACCACCGAUAUUCCUGAAACCACAACUGUAAUCCCCGAGAGUGCUACAGAUACAACAACAACAACAACUACUGAAGCUACAUUCAGUACCACAGACUCAACAUUUACGACCAGUAAUCCAACUACAGAUUACACUACAAAAAUUCAUAAUUUUACACGUCAAGCACACAAUACUGACGAUCCAAUAAUUGUACCAACUCUAACAUACAUUAAAACGUCUACUGAUCGGGAAAUCAGUAAUGAUAUUGCACCAAUAAUUGCGAAAGUGAGCAGCGAGCUGAUUGUACAAAAAUACAUAAAGCCGGAACUAUUCACGAAAUUGGAUGAUGCUAAAAACAAACCGUUGUCGCGUAGAAAGGGUACUCUAAAAGCUACGUACGGUGAUAAACACGAAAAAUUCUUCACGAAACCUAAGGACCAUCCAAUCACAAUAGAGAACGCGACACUAACAAAUAUUAACCAAAAUAUACAUCAACUUUAUACUAAUGGUUCAGUAACAAAAAUUAAAACACUUGACCAUAGGAACUUUACGAAGACAGCCAACAAGAUUAGAAUUUCAAACAACAUUAUUGAAAAAGUUCCUACGCAAGCAAACAGUACAGUAAAAGAAAAACAUAUUUUACAUUUGAAUGUGACUAAUGCGAAAACGGCAAUGAAAUCGUAUAAUAAUACCCAUAAAAAAACGAACAAAAUCACUUCAUCACAUUUGAAUGCAUCGAACAUUCCUCACACUAUAACAGCAAUAACAAAUAACAACAUACAAUCCAUGCAUUAUCGAACAAAGAAACCUAAACCAGCUACUCAGAUCAAAAAACCCAACAUACACAAUACAACGUCUAAUGAAACGCAUCCAGUAGACUCGGGGAACAAAACUAAAAAACAUAAUUUACAAGAGAAAUACCAAGCGAAGCCCUUAAAGUCUAUAAACAAAGAAAUACACAAAUUACCUCCAACCCCUAUAUCGGAGACAUCGAAAACCCUAGCAAAGAAUCCUAAAGCAGAUAUAGCUCCAGAAAACAAGGGUACUUUUGAAAUAUUAAACAAAAAUAACCUAUGGGAGAUGCUUAAGGAAGGCACACAUUCUGAUGAUGCACAGGAUAAAAUAAACGGACUCUCACGAAACGUUACUAAUUUAGAACAAGACAAUCGUUUACUGUAAGCGUUGCUAUGUAAUGUGUAAGACACAAAGACUUCACGAAUAUAAAUAUUUUUGUAACCCACCAUGCCAAUUUGUAAUGCGUAAUGAAUGUAAUGAUUAAUUAAAGACAAUUCUUAAUGCACGUUUUAUUGUUGUUAGGUGUGUCCGCACUAAUUGUUUGAGUAAUUUUUAAGCAGCUCGUGUGUACUGUAAAUAACUUGACGUAAGAUAUUAUAAUUACGAUUUAAUAAGUACCUAUUUUAAGAUAAAUGCGCUGUGACUACAAUGAAAAUUUAAAAUUAGUACCGCCCACUUGCUCAAAGCCUCAGUAGAAUUGUACCUAUUAAUCUUUAGAUAAUUUUCAUUUGUAUAAGCGAACUAAUACAUUUUCUAUCAAUAGCUAAUUUUAGGGAUGUAACUAGGCUAUGGAAAAAUAUUAAGAGCGUUUCCCAAAAAUGUUCCCUCGCUUGUAGAAGCCCAAAAGGCGUAGAGGAGCUAGAUUUGCUAUUACUAACAAGAAUAUUUCUAUUACCCUACUCUAUCUAUCCUUCCUAAUUGUAGUUCGUAGCAAUAGGUUCUAAUUCCAAAAUUUAAUUACUUGAAUCUGUAAAUAGUUCUAAAAUUGAUGCCAAAACAUUCUUAGAUGGCGAUGUAUCGAACCGCUACGUUUCUUUCAUAUAUUUUUUCUAGAAUUUAUCCUAAAGUAUAGUAAAGUAUUAGUGUUUUAGAUUAAACUGUAAUAUUAUGCUAAUGCCCCAGAAUUUCCAUCCGUCUAUCUUCUGUAUCUAUUCGUAUAAUCUUAGUAUCUUGUAGCUAGUAUUUAUUACCUUGUAAUGAAAUUACUUCUAUACGUUAUCAAAUCUUUUCGUAUGAUAAGACGAACGAUGUUGAUAAUUUAUACGUAGAUGAUUUUAUUAGUAGGCUGUGUGUGAUUUUAUUAGUAUUUUGUGUUUGUUUUUCGAUUUGAAAUUGUAAAUCUGUAUUUGAUUUUGAGUCUAUUUGACUGCCACAACUCAGACGUAAUGAUAUCCUGAAAUUAGUCAAAAACCGUGGCAUGUCUGAUACUAAAAAAGAUGGUAUUUUAGUUGUUUUCUUGUAUAGUGGCGGAAACUGGCACUCUGUCCUAGUUUUAAUUAUAAAAUUUUCUCACAAAAAGCGCCGAACGAUAAUCUGUUUCAAUAAAUGUAGAUUUACAAAUUCAAAGCCAAAUCUUAAGUCAUAGAGUAACGUCAUAUAGAUGUUAAUUUUGUGUUAUAAUCUUUCUUCGUAGUUCUUGAAUACUAAUAAUAGGUUUAGUGUGUAAAUUGUGUAGAUCGAGUCCUUUUUUAUCGCACCCUACGUUUUUAGUCUCUUAAAUGAUGCUUAUAGACCUUCAAUGAAUGUGUAGUUUAAUAAACGCCUUGGACGCGUACGUAAGUCAGUAUCGGUUUUAUGUGUAAGUCUACUGAUAAAUCCAGUUGUAAAAAAUGUCGACAGUGAUUCCAAAAAUUGAUUUGUUUCUCUAUUUAUACCAAUUUCUGAUUAAAUAUUAUGAAAGAAACCAUAAUUAAUGAUUCAUUUAGGGGUACAGUCCGUAAUGAUUUACUUGUACUUGUUGUAUUUUUUACAAUUAUUAUAUUUGAUGCUAUUGUAAAUUUUACGAUAAUUUUGUUUCUAUUAACUUAACAAGAUUUGAUUAUUUUCUAACUUAUGCUAUAUCGAUUUUCUCGAUUUCCGUCCUGGUCAGAGUUUCAUUAAAAUUUAUUCCAUAAAUAAUCAAAAAAGUUAAUGCCAUUGUCACGCUAAUAAUUAAUGAACCUUCUUUAAUUAUUAUUCAUGAUAUACAUACAUAUUAAUAUUACAAGAAUAAUUUUGAAGUGUGCGAAAUGAAUUAUUUAUUUCUGUUAAAAUCAAAAUCAAAUAAUUAUUUGCAUUCUAAAAGAACGAAAGGAAAUCAUGAAUUCAGAAAUGGUAACAUAAUGUUUACCAUAUAGAUAUUAUUAAUAUUAUAUUUACACUUUAAACAUAAAUCCUCGAACAAUAAACUAGACUCAAGCGGUAUCUGUUGAGUGUGUAUGAUCCAGAUUAUUCUAAAAACCUUCAGUGAAAUAGCAACGAUAACUUUUCAAAGUUAUGAAUGAUGUGCAUGCGAACAACACACAAACAAACAAACCUACAAAUGAUUUAGUAUCUCCAAUCAUAAAUUCGUGUAAAAAAUGUGUGUUUUUAAACAAUUUUUAUGGUCUUCUAGAGUGUAACAAAGUGUAAAAAAGUGUUUAAUGUUUUUUUUUUUAAAUUUUUGACAAAAAUGUCGUCGUUUCCUUAGUCAAAAGAGCCAGUCUACAAAAUUGUUGUUUUGCCGGCAUAUUUUCAAUAAUUUGGAUUCCAUUAACUCAAAAUCGAUAUAUUUAAUAUAGAUAUUGAAAAUUUACUCACAUGAAAUAUGUGAUUUACUUAAGUAUAAUUUGGCGGUGAGCCAUUAAAGAUUUAGCGCACCGUUGUAAAUCAUUAAAGAUAAGCAAAACUCGAUGUUAAAUUAUUUGAUGUUGUGAUUGAUAAUUAAAAAAUAUAUUUAAGGACUAUACAAAUUAAGUAACUUAUUCUAUUUAUUAAGUAAUUUAUCUGACUCCAUGGACGAGUUUUAAUGAUAAGAUAUUUCUAAUUGAAUUCAGGUCAAAACAUAGUAUGUAAAAUAUACAAAUAGGUGCUUCCGCCGAAGAAUCUCGUCAAUUUUUGGAAAUGUAUGAAGCCUUCAACGGUAGAUUUUCUUUGCUUUCCUAAACUAAGCUAGUCCCUAACUAUGAAUCGAUGUACUGACAGAUUAAUAAUAACUAUUAGGAUACAAUAAAUUACUGAUAAACAAA